AUGAGCACAAGCCGUAGGCACCAUCUGAAGAGCUUGAUGCUCUCCAUUGCAAAGGGCUUGCUGGAGGAUGAAAAGAAGCAGAGAGUAGAGGAACGGGCCCGGUACAUGGAGGAAAACUGCCCUCCUCUGGAAAUUCCUGAGACUAUGCAGGAACUACAGGAACUGUGCAAGAAACUUCACAAGCAGCUGGAUUCUGUUGAUGAGGAGAGAUAUGACAUUGAAUUAAAAGUUAUCAAAUCUACAAAGGAGGUAGAGUCAUUCCAUGUCUAUGCCCUCUGUAUCGACGAGCUGAAGAUUAAAGUCGUUGACCUGCAGGGCAAGUUCAAGAAGCCAGCUCUGAGGAAAGUGCGUAUGUCUGCUGAUGCCAUGCUGCAAGCUCUGCUGGGCUCCAAACACAAGGUCAACAUGGACCUGAGGGCCAACCUGAAACAGGUCAAGAAGGAGGUCAAAGAGGAGGAAAAGGAAGCUGUUGGUGACUGGCGUAAGAACAUUGAGGAUAAGGCUGGCAUGGGUGGCAGGAAGAAGAUCUUUGAGGCAGAGGCCUAAAUUAGCCUCCACUGCUGGACUACCGUUUGUUUUGUUGAGCGUAUAGAAGCACCGUGAUCUCCACUGGGACCGUUUUCUGAUGGAUAUUUGAAAGUUUAGACAGACGUUUAGUGAGGAAGACUAAAGCAGAUA